AUGUCAUCAUCGGAAGAUCCCUGCCCCGCAUGCAAAUGGACGCCAGAUCAGCAAAGACGCUGCAGCUACGAGAGUAGUGUACGCCUCUUCUACGGAGCCAGCUCCCGGGGAUACUGGUCCCUCGGCUCAAAAUUUCUUCUCAAGGAGCGCGAGAAAGAUCCUCCUAGUUAUGAGGUCAUCAACACCCACUUCAUCAAAGAGAAUACCACCAUCCCCGUCCACACUACCAUACAGGAGUGGACCGAAGGCGAGAAGUAUUUCCAGAUCGUCGAGCGGGUGCCUGGGGUACCGUUAGAGGAGAUCUGGUCGUCAAUUCCCCAACCCGACCGGGAGAAACUCGCUCGUCAGACUACGGAGUAUCUGGGCCAGCUCCGCUCUUUCCACUCGGCUAAGAUGGAAAGUGUUCACGGCCAGCCGAUUUCUUGUGCUCAUCUCUUUAGAGGGGACUACGGGGCUAAACAUGGUCCACUGAGCACGGCUGACGAGCUGUGGGAUGUUUUAGCGAAAUCUUUGAGCGACAAGGUGCCGGAAGUUGUUAGAUCGCGGCUCCGUGAUAGCAUGCCUUCUCCGCAUCCGUGGACUUUUACCCAUGGGGAUUUAACAAGUUGCAAUAUUAUCGUGGACCCAACCAGCUUUGAGUUGAGAGCUCUGAUUGAUUGGGAGGGUUCGGGCUACUUUCCUGUGUGGUGGGAGUUUACAGCGGCGGGCUUCGGGUUUGGAGACGAAGAUCUGGAGUGGAAGCGUCUGCUACUUGGAAACCUGGCCAAUCAUAAGGAGGCUCGCACGUGGUUUCUAGAGUUCAAGUCUUUUGCGUCACGUUCGAAGGAUUCGGAGACGCGGUUGAAGGUGCUCAAGGAAUGUGGCAUUGAGGAAGACAUAGAUAUCUAG